AUGGAUUGUACCCCAUUUGAGUUCUCAUCGAAUAAUACAACAACAACAACAACAAAAACUACUACUACUACUACUACUACUACUACUACUACUACUACUACUACUACUACUACUACUACUACUACUACUACUACUACUACUACUACUACUACUACUACUACUACUACUACUACUACUACUACUACUACUACUACUACUACUACUACUACUACUACUACUACUACUACUACUACUACUACUACUACUACUACUACUACUACUACUACUACUACUACUACUACUACUACUACUACUACUACUACUACUACUACUACUACUACUACUACUACUACUACUACUACUACUACUACUACUACUACUACUACUACUACUACUACUACUACUACUACUACUACUACUACUACUACUACUACUACUACUACUACUACUACUACUACUACUACUACUACUACUACUACUACUACUACUACUACUACUACUACUACUACUACUACUACUACUACUACUACUACUACUACUACUACUACUACUACUACUACUACUACUACUACUACUACUACUACUACUACUACUACUACUACUACUACUACUACUACUACUACUACUACUACUACUACUACUACUACUACUACUACUACUACUACUACUACUACUACUACUACUACUACUACUACUACUACUACUACUACUACUACUACUACUACUACUACUACUACUACUACUACUACUACUACUACUACUACUACUACUACUACUACUACUACUACUACUACUACUACUACUACUACUACUACUACUACUACUACUACUACUACUACUACUACUACUACUACUACUACUACUACUACUACUACUACUACUACUACUACUACUACUACUACUACUACUACUACUACUACUACUACUACUACUACUACUACUACUACUACUACUACUACUACUACUACUACUACUACUACUACUACUACUACUACUACUACUACUACUACUACUACUACUACUACUACUACUACUACUACUACUACUACUACUACUACUACUACUACUACUACUACUACUACUACUACUACUACUACUACUACUACUACUACUACUACUACUACUACUACUACUACUACUACUACUACUACUACUACUACUACUACUACUACUACUACUACUACUACUACUACUACUACUACUACUACUACUACUACUACUACUACUACUACUACUACUACUACUACUACUACUACUACUACUACUACUACUACUACUACUACUACUACUACUACUACUACUACUACUACUACUACUACUACUACUACUACUACUACUACUACUACUACUACUACUACUACUACUACUACUACUACUACUACUACUACUACUACUACUACUACUACUACUACUACUACUACUACUACUACUACUACUACUACUACUACUACUACUACUACUACUACUACUACUACUACUACUACUACUACUACUACUACUACUACUACUACUACUACUACUACUACUACUACUACUACUACUACUACUACUACUACUACUACUACUACUACUACUACUACUACUACUACUACUACAACGAUUAUCAAAAGAAUUAAAAAUAUGAACUAA